AUGUCAACGGCCAAAAAACACGUGAGCAGGCGCGGCUGUUUGAGGUCCCGCCGAUCUCGAAUUAUUCUUGCCGUGAUUGCCUUCAUCGUGAUUCUUGCUGCAAUUAUUCCCGCCGUCGUUGUCACCACUCUACACAAGAACAGUAUGGGUCCGAAAUCAAAAGUCUUUGUGCCACUCUAUGUGUACCCAGCCCCGGGGGCUUGGUCUCCGCUUGAAGAAGUGAUAUCUGCUCAUCCCCAUAUCAAUUUUACCGUCGUAAUUAAUCCGGGAAGUGGCCCAGGGCCCAAUGCCUUGCCUGAUGCAAAUUACACUCGCGAAAUUCCCAAGCUUGCCGCCCACGACAAUGUGCGUCUUCUGGGGUACGUCCAUACGACGUACGCCACGCGCAAUAUCUCCUUGGUGCGCAAGGAUAUCAAGACCUAUGCGGCGUGGCCGACUGCAUCUUCUAACACGGAUUUGGCGGUUCGGGGUAUAUUCUUCGAUGAAACACCCCAAGAAUACAGUGUCAAUUCCCAGGCAUAUUUGCAAAACCUGACCGAUCUGACCAAGGGUUUGGAUGGAUUCGGUGCUGCCCCAUUCGUCGUUCACAACCCCGGCGCAGUGCCAGACUCACGCUAUCUGUCUACUGCCGACUCGACAGUCGUCUUCGAAGAGGCUUACAGCACCUUCCAGGAGCGGCAUGGCGCGAAACUGCUCACGGCUAUACCGGACAGCAACCGGUCCCACUGGAAAAAUCACAAGUCUAAACCUAAAGCCCCUCUGCGACCCCCACCCAAACCCCCCCCCCCCAAUGAUCAGAAGCCCCGGAAUUGGGAAACUAUGGUGCCCGCGCGUGCAACACGUAUCUUUGGCAUCAUUGGUAGAGUUCCAGUUUCCCCCCCGAGGAAGCCAAUGUGGUGUGUCACAUUUUGCUUCAAGUCCAUCACUUUAAAAUUGGGCGCUCGGGGAGUACCGUUGGUCCCUGAAAAGGGCUGGCGGAAGUUAACUGCGGAAGCCGACCCCCGGAUGAUUCUAUGUAAGGCACUCAACCCUGAUCUCGACCCCACUUCAUCGGGCUAUUUCUGGGACGCCUUUUGUGCUCUCUCUCUUAUUCUCACUGCGAUGGCGUAA